CCUCGCCUGCGCGGGCGCAGACCCACCCCCAUGCCCACCCCUUCGAGCGACGAGAGCAUCGUUGCAGCCCCCUCCUCGCACUCCUCAUGUCCACCCGACGAUGACAGAUCCAGCUGGAGGAGCCUAGAGAUGGACGAUACCCACGAUGAGGCCAUUGAAACAUCUCCCGAAAUCCUCCAGCAGCCCACACCUCCACCGUCAGACUCGCGAGUGACUGGGUCAACGGAUACCCGCGUCGCCGAUCCGCAAGACAUCAAACGAAUGGACAUUGAUGAGGAGAUUGCGCCGAGGGAUAUGCUGUCCCCGAUAAGUGCCGAGGGUGAUAAACAGGAAGAGACUGGUCUGCCUGCGUUGCCCGUUACGGAUCUAUGUUCACCAUCCAUGGGAUACGAAUUCUCAAACGUUCGACUUUUACCUUCCUCUCCCUCGUCAUAUCUACGCGCCGGAAGUAAAUUCCGGGGAACACAGCAAUCAGAACGCCAAGUCUACGAAGUCCAAGUCGAGAUAAAACAUGUAGAUAUGCGAGAAUCAUUUCUCUGUGGAUACUUGCGCAUUCAAGGGUUGACAGAAGACCACCCAACACUAACCACCUACUUCGAGGGGGAGAUCAUAGGAUCGAAGUACACAUUCCUCACCCAACACCAAGACUGGGGCUCAAAUGAUAAGGUGGAUUUACAACACUGGGCCAAAUUCGCCGCUUUCAGGCCAUUUCAAAAAGCGGCCAGAAAGGGGCACUUUCAUAUACCGAAUUUGGCGCAAAGAGAUAAUAUUUUCAUGAGAUGGAAAGAACAUUUCUUGGUUCCGGAUCAUAGGGUUCGAACGAUUAGCGGGGCGAGUUUUGAGGGGUUCUAUUAUAUCUGCUUCAAUCAGAUUCAUGGGACCGUGAGUGGGAUAUAUUUCCACGCGAAGAGUGAGAAAUUCCAACAACUAGAGCUAAAGCAUGUCGAGGAUCGAGGAUGCUUUGCAGCAAUGGAGUUUCGAUGA